AUGCUAAUAAAAAAAACUUACUACAUUACCUUCCAGUUGGCUGUAGCUUCAACUGGUGAAUGUCCUCCGCAGCAGUUUUGGAAUGGUACGUUAUGUACACCAUGCUCCUUGUGUGGGCCGGGGUAUGGAAUGAAAACUGAAUGUACGGACAAACAAGACACGGAGUGUGAAAAAUGUUGGCUAGGAUACGAUUAUUCCAACACCACAGGCAUGGAACCGUGUAAACGGUAAUUUAAGUUAUUGUAACUUCACGUCCCUCUAGGCCCAUAAUCGCCCUAUUUGCUUUAGUUGAGUGCUUGUGCCUUUUUAAAAGAGGUUUAGUUAAGAAAUAAGUUACAACGGUAGUGGAAAAGUUCACUGGCAUUUGGUUAACUUCACACGUCUGUAGCAGAAACAACGCGGCGCGCUAAGAAGAUGGGUAUUUAGAGGUCUGUUUGCGAGUACGACUUUUAGAUAUCAGUAAUAUCAGUAGCCUUUUAAUGAAAUCUCGUUUCUAGUGACCACUUUAUCCCCUGGCCUCAGUUUCGUGAUCAGCUUAAGGUAUGGAAAAACGAGCAACAAAAAACGUGCAACUUGUUUUGCAACAUUGCUACAAAACUGACGAGUUGAAUAGCGAUAUGUUGCGCGUUUUACCACAAAUGCUCAAACCUGUUAACAACCUGAUUUCUUGCAAGACAGGUUUUAUGUGGAUGGUAAAACGUGCAACAUCGCUAUGCAACUCGUUUUGCAGCAAUGUUUGCAAAACAAGUUGCACGUUUUGGGGGCCCGUUUUUACGUACCUUUUAUGAAACUUGCGCUUAAAAUGUUUGCGGUAAAUAAACCAUACUCUUCCUUUUUUCACAAAAGGUGUAUCAACGAGGAGUCUAAUUGUUUAGAUGGGAACUUUAAGGUAAUAAAAAACUGCACCAGGUUUUCCCCGACAGUCUGCUGUGGCUGCGCGGAUGAAAAUUACUUCGACUCGAGCGUAGGACUCAAAGGAGGAUGUGUUCCCUGUUCACCGCCAUGUGGUGUUUAUGAAGUGGAGACAAGGCAAUGCACCAAUGAGCACGAUCGGUUCUGUACUAAGCAAUGGACUACAAAUAAACUGCAGGUUCCAAGUAAGUAAAACAGAAACUAUCAGAUUAUGUUUGACAACUCUUUUCUUCUGGGGGAACUCAAGUGCAGACGAAGUUCUAGAUCUUUUUCUUCUUUUCUCUCUCAGUCCUUCUUCUUUAAAAAAAUGUUAAUUUUUUCUUUAAAAUGUUUCCCUCUGUGAUAAUUUUUUUUCUUUGAUUUUUUCCUUUCACCGUUUGCUUCAUUUUAGCUGAAAGUCAUAUAUAUCAAAUAUGAGGCAUAUGGUGUUUCAUCAAAUAUCCAUACACUGAAAAGUAAUUAAUCAAACACGAGGAGUAUUUAAUCUGAAAUCCAAGCACCGAGAAGUAAAAUAUCAAAUACAAAGAAGGAAUCCAAACACCGAGUAGUAAUAAAUAAUAGAUAAAUAAAUAAAUAAAUAAAUAAAUAAAUAAAUAAUGAUUUGGAGGUAGCACAUCCACAAAGUGUUCUUCGUCUACCUGAUUCCUGGUCGAAUUUGCCGGAAUUUGGAAAUGCUGGUUUUUGAAGUGAGGGGAAAACCGAAGUACCCGGAGAAAAACCUCUCGGAGCAAGGGAAAGAACCAACAACAAACUCAACCCACAUAUUAUGUUGUCGACGCCGGGAUUUGAACCCGGGCCACAUUGGUGGAAGGCGAGCGCUCUCACCACUGCGCCAUCCCUUGCUCCCCAAAGAAGAAGUGAUAAAUCUAAUACAAGAAGGAGUGUUUCAUCUGAUACCUAUCCUCGGAGAACCAGUGGCAGUCAGUCGGGUCGGAAGAAAGGGCGCGACGAAGUUAUAAAGUAUGGGCGAAAGAGCCCCUGGGUAUCGACUCUCACCGAACUAUUUCCAAAAAUUCAAGCGGAUGCCGGCUCCUGAUUGGGCACAAAAAAUGCUUUGUAUUAUUGUGCCUAAUCGGCGAACAGUUUUUCCUGAGUUCUUUUCGUGAGUUCGUACACGACGGCUAUUGUUUCAAUCACGGCUUGUCUGGCUCAUGCACCAAAGAAAUUCCGGCAGUCAGGAACUUUCAUUUUGAUAUAAAAUCCCCAUCUGAUUUCAAAAUACUGUCUGCCCGAAAGCUAAAGACGCUUUUCCAAAAAUACAAGCUUGAGCUUACAAGAGGUAUUCACGCUUGCAUCGGUCACGUCUUACGUAAAUAUUAGGGAAUUUUUGAAAGAUACCACGACGGCUGACUACCACGAAAACAUCACAUGGAAAAGGAAAUUCACAUUUUUUCAGUUCCUAUCUAAUUUCUAUUUGUCAAGGCAAGCGAACUCUUCUGGAGCUGAAUUUCUAUCAACAUAUCCAAGUUUAUGAAGAGAAUGAAUUUUGUCAUUGCUUGUUUACGUCCUUCACAUAACAUGAAAUUAGGCAUUUUCACGUGUAGUCGUGCAGUUGACGGCAGAGGAAUGUACAAAAAACUGUAAUGCACGUGCAAAGUUGUUGUUUUGCCUUGUCAAGCUAUUGCUUAUUUGACUUUCUCGUCGCCGCCGCAUCUUUAACUUGCUAUUAUUUGCGAUACAUUGCGAUGAGUCAAAAAUAGAAUAUUCUUGGCGCAAAUUGAAUUGCUCCUGCUGAUAGCAAACUUUUUUUCGACUCAUCGGUAGUUCCUUCGUUUCUGGUCUGGAAAGUAGAAAAUAAAAGUUCCCAUUGCUCGCACAAUCUUGGUGAACGAACCGGGCAAUAGCCGUCGUGUACGAACUCACGAAAAGAACUCAGGAGAAACUGUUCGCCGAUUGGGCUCAAUAAUACAAAGCAUUUUUUUGUGCCCAAUCAGGAGCCGGCAUCCGCUUGAAUUUUUGGAAAUAGUUCGGUGAGAGUCGGUACCCAGGGGCUCUUUUGCCCGUACUUGAAAACUUUCGUCGCGCCCUUUCUCCCGACCAGACUGACCAACUGCCCCUGGGUCUCCGAGGAUGUCUAAUACCCUGAUACACUGAAAAGUAAUAUAUCAAAGACGAGAAGAAAUGUUUCGUCCAGUAGAUGGACACCCCGAGAAGUAGGUGACAGAUUUCGGGGUUUCUGAAUAUCUAAUCGUGUCCCCGUGUUUAAUACAACCUCGUUCCCAGAUUCUGAGAACCCUGGGAACGAGGUUGUGUUUGAUCAUUGCUUCUCAAAUAAGCAAUUAUUCCGACUAGAAGAAAUUUGAAAGCAAAAGCUAGAAAAUUCACCGCAAUUAGGGCUUCAAGAUUAGUUUUGAUCUCCAUAAUUUGUUUUUCUUCGUGAAAGUGUUAAUAACUGAGAUGUAAAUUUGCAAUUUUAAUCUUUAUUCCCAACAGGGAGUAAGUCUCGGACGCAGACCUUCUUUACCGCUCUUCCAUAAUCCCCAAGAACAUCUGCGUGGGAGGCUAAAUAGGAGUCAAACCUAAUUCUAGUUAUAAGUCUAAAUGCUCUAGCAAUUGGUUUUCACAUGACGUCACUAAAAUUCAAACUACAAAUCUAUCGAUCCUACAGAGAUUCCACUUUCAUGAUGUAUUAGAGCAGCUGAAAACUAAUUUUCAUACAGAUUUUCGCUUCAAAAGAGUUCUUGGUUUUGUGAUAGAGUACUCUUGAAUUUCUAAGCUACUGCGUGACGUGCCAUUUAAAUGACGGCCGAGAGAGCUGUCAUGUAGGUUAAAAAAAUGACGUAUUUCGGGGAAUUUUGCUAUCUAAACAGUUCCUGUAUUAAAAAAGUAUUAUUUUCAUUAAUGUUUAUUAGUUCCUCGAGGAAUAAAUUCGAGCUUUUGUACCAAAACUCGAUAACAGAUGUUUUCAUUGGUUUCUGUCCGCCGCAUGUUGGUGCCCAUCCAGGUGGGCACCAGCAUGGCGUCUCCAUAUAUACUAAUCUCUAUAGAUUUGGGUAAAACAUUUCUUCGGAUAUCUCGUAUACGGAAUAUUCUUCUGGCCUGAAUUUUGGCGAGGGUCUUUGUAUAUUUACUUUCUUUCAUUCCUAGAUUCCGAACUUUAUCUAUUGAACGGUUUUGAUUUUUACUUUGAUCUAUUUUGAAUGGCGUGACACUGAAAACCAGCAAUAAAGGCCACGUAACUAGGUUCGUGUGACAAACCAAUGUUCUUUCUUAUUGUCAUCAGGUACGGCUUUUCCAACAAUUAUCCCUCCAGUAAAAGACACGGCUCCUUAUGGGACAAUGGAACCCCCGGCGGAACCCAAUGGUAGUCAGAAAGAUGCUUCUCAAGAAGUACCGAUCGGGAAACAAGCAUGGUUUUGGGUUGUUGUGGUCGGUGUGCCAGUAGCGUUAGUGACAAGUGUCGUUGCUGUACCACGAUUAGUGAAGUGGAACAAAAGAAGAAAACGAUUAAAUAACCUGAACAACGACAGUGUCGCUCAACAGAGCACUCCAUUAGUGCCGCGUAAGUGAAAUUUGGUAACAGAUUCAAGCAUAGCUCAGAAAGUCUAGAACCUGCAGAAGCAGAAAGAGUAAUUUUUUCUACUGUGUAAAAUGAAAAGCACAGCAAAAAUCGACUUUGUUUAUAACAAAUGUCUGCUUGCACAUCGUUAACUCAAAAUGGUUUUGUGCAUGCUCGAAUCCAAGUCGUUCUGCAAACAUAACAUAAAAGAACAAACUUUUUGUGUUAACUUCCUUUUGUUUUUCUCCAGGUGGCUUAGACACCUUAAUCAGAGACCUGACCGUUGAAGACAGGGGGUUUAUUUCACAACAGCUCAACGACGAAGACCCCGAAGGUAAACUAGACCAGUUUACCUACUAUACGCUUUUGUUAAAACUAGUUCUGUAAUAGUUGACACUACAGCUGCCCCCGCUCUGUUUAUUGUCGGUCAAUAGUAUUCUUGCAGUUGUGUAGCUCUUUGAAAUAUACCUACCGAUUCAUAAUGAAGAUUUUCACACAUAUUCCAUACAAUAGGUGAGAUAAAUACAGGAAACGCAAGGUUCCAUGCACCGUUUCAGUUUGAUUUACACAGCUUUGAUCAAAACUUUCUCAGUUUCGAGAAUAGUUUAUUCUAAAAGAUUAAUUAGAAGCUGAAUUUUUCGCUAUUUCUCUUUCACUUUUUACAUUCAGUUCAUUUUAUUUGCCGGAAAGUAAGCCUUAGAAAUUAAUAGGAAGUUUGAUCAAUUCACGCUCGCGCAUUCUGGUCUUAUUUUAAACUUUAUAGUUGAAGGACAUCUGUGAGCAGCGAAUAAUUCAGCACAAAAUUUGAUUGUCGGCGAAUUUCUGUAAUCGUCCAUCUUCUGCUAGUGAUAAGCUAGCCGUUAUUCACUCGUCUUGCUUGUUUGGGGCUUAGUCUUAUUCCGGUCAAAGAGAGAGAAAGAGUGUCUGGCAAGGUUUCAAUUCAAAAAUUUGUGAACUCGUGUCUGGUAAACUCUCCAAGUGUUUAUAUAUACACAGUUAUACGCCCCUUUUAACUUCAUCUGCGCUUAAUUAACGAGUGUCUUUUGGUCCAUAACGUUCAAAACAACUGCUCCACAGUGCACUGAUAACACGUAACGCAAAAGAGUAUCGAAGUAUCGACUGCACAAUGCAUGUCACAAAAUCUACCUAAGCGGUCCCCUCGGGAUUUUCUGUCUUUACGUCAUCCUAACCAUUUCGUACUUGCGGGCGCAAACAAUAGAAACGUCAUCAUUACCUACCGAUUCCUCGCGGCCCCUGUUCAAACAAAUCGAGAUUUUUUCUAUAUUGACUGUAUGACUGUAUAUUUCAACUGUAAGUACCUUCCUUAAUAUACGCGCGAGUUACUAGAGUGCCUCCUCGGGAUUUCGCCUUCUGGGCGAAAUCCCUGCGGGGGCAACUACUUAUGCACUUAAAUGGUAACAUCAGUUACCGAACAUUAUAGAGUACGUACUUCCCUCCCUUCGCAAUGCGCAUGUUUUUCCUCAUGCAAUUUGAGCAAGAGAAUACAAGCGUGCCCCUCUUCGAAUGUCAAGAAGUAGGCAGAAAAUCUGGCAUACUUCAUUUCGUAAGACGGAACGGAAUUUACCUGAACGAUUACACCAAAAUAUCUCUGCCAUCGUUGACUUUCAACAAUUGUCACACUCUAGAAGUAAAUCAAACAGUUCGUUUUUGUGUAACAUUAAAAAAAAAUCAUUAUUUGACUAAUUCAAGAUCAGAUUCUUAGUUAAUUUUUAACAUUUUUGGCUUUCGUAUUUUAAUUUAGGAUAUGCCUACUGGUUAAAGGUUGGCGAGAAACUUGGAUUGAAAGACCGAUGUAGACAGUGGCGAGGAAGAGGAGUCCGCAAUCCAACCGAUAAUCUACUUACGGCAUUUGCUGAAAAGAGAGAAAGCACUGUCCGGAAGUUAAUCGAGGCUUCCAAGGAGGCAGGGCUUACACUCUUCGCCAGUGAAUUAGAAAAUAGGUUUUCCCCAAAUGAUAACCAAAGUGGAAGCGAGGAA